GCGCUUCCGCUAAGAUGGUCGUAGGCGCUUUCCCCAUCGCAAAGCUGCUCUAUCUGGGCAUCCGUCAGCUCAGCAAGCCGGUGGCCAACAGGAUUAAAGCAGGAGCGAGGAGAAGUGAAUUCUUCAAGAAUUACGUAUGUCUUCCUCCGGCACAGGCGUACCACUGGAUCGAGAUGAAAACGAAGAUGAGGAUAAUGGGCUUCCGCGGUGCUGCCAUCAAACCACUUAACGAGGAUGCGGCUGCAGAGCUGGGAGCUGAGCUGCUUGGUGAGGCCAUUAUCUUCCUCAUCGGUGGUGGCUCUCUUAUACUCGAGUACAGCAGGCAGACGGCGAACAGCAGGAGAAAGGAAGAGGAGCUGAACCUUACUAUCAACAACCUACAAACGCAAAUUGGAGAACUAGCCCUAACCACAGAAACUCUAGACGCUCAGCUCCGUGAGGUCAACAGGCUUCUUCUGUCAUUUCCAUCUAUGCCAAGUAGCAAAUAACAAUGCCAAAUGUUAAUGUGUGGUGCUGAGUGGACAGAGGAACUAAAUGUGUGUGUGUGUGACAUAAUACAAUACAAAGAAUCUCUGCCAUGUAUAGAUGACACUUCAUGAAAAUCCCCCCCCCCCCCACACACACACACUGAGGCUAGUAGGAACAACAUUCAAGAAAGCAUCAGAAUCUGUGAUUUUAGUAUGUGUACUCAUUUUGAAGUUGGUUCAGUUUUGCAAACAUGGAGAGCAAAUUAUUUCAUUUAUUGCCCCAAGUUAAUUUGUUCUCGUCAUAUCCUACCCAGGACUUGUGUCGUUCAUUGAAUUCAGUCUGAAAAUAGUUUGAUUUUAUUAAAGUCAAUCGCAAGAAGUGAUUGGCUUACUGUAAGUUUGAGUUUGUUUCUGAAUGCCUCAGUUCAUUUUAUUGAAUCUGUUUAUUUCAGUAUUGAUUGCCUGGAGUGCAGAACAGGAAGGGAGCAAAGUUUUCACUUCACUAACUGUAUAUGGUUGUCUGGAUUGUUUUAGUACAUUUGGCUAGGGUAGAGAUGCCUUUCCCCUGGCUUCAAAACACCAAUUAUUUUCUCAUUGUCAGUUAAUUAACGAAUGAAACGAUUUUGUUACGGUUGAGCAAUGACAAUAAUGAUACUUUUGACAAAUUGAAUACAUCUUACUUGUGAUUUUUAAGCUCCAUGUCUGUGUGUACUGAUCCUGUUUAUAUUGAAGGAUGUCUGAAAUGACAUGCAUAGAGAUGUAUAUUAAUUAUUGUAAAAUAAAAUGAAUGAAACGAA